UGAUGGGCGGGGGUGGGGGGAGUAGGAGAGGCAGUCUUCACUCUACAGAACAGUUCAGUGUCCCCGGAACCCCCCUGCAGAGUGAAGAUCUUGCCAGAAUGCCUCCAACACCUUCCACUACCGAAGAAUCCACAACGGACUCCUCCCUGCCAUGGGAAAACUCCACCAUGAGUGACAUCCUGUCCACCUUACUUCCGGCCAACUCAUCGGCAGAAUCCACCGUGUCCCCGAUGGAGGAACAGAACCUCAAGAAACUGCACGAGUUCCAGAUAAUUAAGGCCGUUGUGUUGGCAACGGUGACGGUCAUCAUCAUGUUCUCAGUAUGCAAAAUGGUCUUCCAGCUCUUCAUCAGAUACUCGGGAAAGCAGGACGAUAGAUGAACUUUUUAAAGCCGUUUCCAUUUCUUACUCUAAGAACUUGUCAGCAAGUCUCUUCAUUGUUCCUAUAAAGUACUAUUGUAUAUAAAUAUAAUUUGUGUAAGUGAAUUGUACAGCGUGUUUAUUAUUAUUAACUCUUGUCAUUAUACUUUGAGAAGUAAAA